UUCCGCCAUAUUUGUAAGUCAUUGUACGAAAGAAAUGAGUUGACAACUUGAUACUUCUAACUAUUUCAAAAUGGUUGAAGUUUUGGUGGAAUUUGAUUAUGAUGCAGAACAGGAGGAUGAGCUUACCAUUAAAGUGGGGGACAUCAUCAAGAAUGUCCAGACGUCAGAAGGAGGCUGGUGGGAGGGGGAGCUGAACGGCAAAAAGGGCAUGUUCCCCGACAACUUUGUCAAGGUAAUAGAGAAGAAAAAAGAAGAGCCCAAGAAAGACCUUCUUGUUGCCCAGCAAAGAUCCUCUGUUAAAGAACUGGCCAGUAAACUCAAAGAUGUCCAUGUGGGGGCUGCACCCCAGAAAAGGAAAGAGCAUCACCACACAGAGAAGAGGAAGAAAGCCAAGGUCCUGUUUGACUAUGAACCAGAGAAUGAGGAUGAACUUAAAAUAGAAGUGGGGGAUAUUGUGGAAGUUAUUAAACAGGAGGAGGAGGGAUGGUGGGAAGGCGUGGUCAAUGGGAAGACAGGGGUGUUCCCGUCCAACUUCGUGGAGGUCAUAGAGGAGGGGGAGUCUAAUGAAGUGGCUCCAGAAACUCCACAAGCAGAAGAAAAGCAUGAAGUGAAAGGGAAGAAAGUGAUGGGUGUAGGUCUUGGGAACAUAUUUGAAGGUGGUCCUAUCAAGUUACGAUCCACGGCAGCCAGUACCAAAAAACCUGUGGAAAAGAUUGAACCAAAGCCACCUGUAACAGAAGAACCACCAGUCCUUAAAAGGGAAAAACCAGCCCUGCAUGCAAUUAGUCCACCCUUCCCAGUUCCUCGCACCCCACAGGUAAAUAUGUCUAAAUACAGAAAAGUUACCCCCGUCCCCACCCCCAGGGGCUACCCGACCUGGUCCCAGAGAGACAAUGGACACAGUCCCACAAUCAAAUACAGACCAGAUUACGCUAGUGCUGAUAAUGUUGAAGAAAAAACCAGUCUGUUCCAUCAUGCUUAUCAAAGGGAUAUUGAGCUAGAACAUCUUAGCAUUAGGCAUUUAGUUCAGACAAGUGACCCAUGCAUUCCAAGUAGUGUAGGGUCGAGUAGACCCUCUAAACCUUGUAUUCCAUUGUAUGGUGGUCUGCUCCACAACACAGCUCAGAGGAGUGCUUCUGAGCAUAUCAAGCCUCUUAUUGAUAUGUUUGAGAGAAAGCAGGCAGAGCAGGACACAACAGCCAGUUCAUUAGAUGAUUCCAACAAAGAGAAUAUGGGUAAAGAAAGCAGUAAAAAUUCCCCUGAGAAUCAGUCCAAAAUGAAGAGAAAGGCAGCGCAGAAGAAGAGAAGUAUUCUGUCUCACCUGAAGUUUCUGCCUUUUAAAGUUAGAAAGCUUGACGAGGCAGGUCAGGGGUCAAAGUCCGAGACCAAGUGUAGUGGUGAGUUUACGCCACUGAGUGCUGAGUCCCAGGACGAGGGGCAGUGUAUGAGCAUGCCAGUCCUACAUAGCAAGAACAUGAGGGAAGAUCUGAUGGAGGAGAGAAAGCCAUUAAGACCCAUAGCAUUAGAAGACAUCAAUGAUACAGAUCCAGAGGAAUAUCCAUACAUGUCCUGCAGUGAUUACAGAGCUUUUACUCCUGAGUUUGAGGCGGAUUCUGAUGACCAAAAGGAGGAAGUUGCACCUUAUCAGGAUGAAAAGGAACAGGAAGGAGAAAGCUCAUACACUCAACCAACUGCCAGAAAUGAUAAGAAUUUAUCUGCUCAAAAGGAAACGAGGAAGUUAUCUCCCUUUGUGAGUUCAUUAGCAGAUAAAUACAACUUAGUAGAUUGGAGGGAUAAAAGGUGGAAGAAAUAUGUCAACAUUGAGCAUGGUAUUGUGUCUCCAGUAUGUAGUAAAGUUGGUGCAAAUAGAAGUAAUAAUGCUAAACAAGACGAGGAAUCAACAAUAUCAGUAUUUUUUGAGAAAUCUUCUCCAGAGAAAAUGCAGUUUAGUGUCACUGAUGAUCAGAAGGCAGCCAAGUCAGCAGAGAAUCUACAUAAAGAUAGAAGGAGUGACCCAGUCAGGGAAUCUGUGUCAACUCAAGAUAGCAGUAGGUACAAUAAAGGUGGGGAUCAAAGAGGGGUGGACAACAGAAGAAAGAAGUUACCUACGACCUUUGUCACUGCUGCUGAGGUGUACAGAAGAAAUCUCAGUCCAGAGAAAUCACUUAUUCAGGAUGACUAUGCUGAUAAAGAGAAGAAGAAAGCCCACAGAAAGAGUGCUGAGACAAAGCCAAAAUCCUCUGAUGUGAAGAGUCCCAAUUAUUUGGAGGACACUUUCUCAGGAGCCAGUGCAAUAGAGGAGGAUCCUCUAUCAACAAGUCUGGAAGGUUUGGACAAGUACAUCCAAGCAAACAUGACAGACAGUAUGACAGCAGAUACAUAUGAUGAAAGUAAAAUGUGUUUCCGUUCUCCAAAUCCAUGGGUAUCUCCAAAGCCUAAAUAUGACCUGAGACAUAAAGUACAGGAUGCAUAUUUUGAUGAGCAUCUUAUUUAUAAGUUUGAAAAUUCUCUUUCACCCCAAAAUAUAACAGAACAAGAAAUUCUGGAAGACUUGGACUCAAAGUUAAAUGCUUAUUGCAAUGUGGAAACCCAAACUUCUGAGACUUUGCUUCAGAUAGAUGAGUUUUCUAGAGAAGGAAGAAGGAAUGAUGCAGCUCUGCCAUUACCAGAAGUUGUUAGCUAUGAGCCAAGUUUGGACCACAGUGAUUGUGAUACCCCUCAAGUUACACCAGGCAAAAGGUCUGCAAAACCAAGGUACUCAAGCUCUCCCAUUAUUAGAACAGAGCAGCAUGGUGACUAUGACAUAGAAGGUACAGCAGAGAAUGGCUUGAACUUAGAAGUAGUAGGAAAGAGAAUGAAAACCCUGAGUGAUGAUUUGAAAACCUUAGGUGAUGAUAUGGAUGCCCAGUUCAAGGACCAUUACCAUAAUAUCUUUGGAACAAAAAAUGGAGCAGACAUGAAAUUCAGAUUUAGAACACCAGAGGAGGAGAUGUUGCAAAAGAGACUGAGAAGCUUAGGUGAUGCUAUCGAUGCCCAAGUGGAGGAUUAUUAUGAUAUUGAGGGAACAGAAAAAAAUGGAAUGGAUCUGAAAAUAGUGGGUCAGAAAGCCAGAUUAUACACACAGGAUGAGGAAGAGAGGAGAAUUGUCAGGCUCAUGGAAGAUUGUUCUGAGAAAAGGAGACGUCGUCUGUCAUGGAAGAGGCUUUUCCAGCCCAAAGGCAUAGAACCUGUGCAGUUGUUAUCCUAUAGGAGGACAGAUAGUGUGAGACCACCCAAACAGACAAGUCCUCAAAAAGCUGAAAGGACAAAACCAGCUAAAGAAUCAGUGAAAGUUGAAGAUGUAGAUGAAACCAUAGUCAAUGUUGUGUUCCGACCAGAAGACAUUACUGGUACUGUAGAGGCUGUCUUCUGUCAUGACUUUUCUGAUGAAGAAGGGCUCAGUAGCAAUUCUUCUCUUUAUCCCGUAAACCUGUCUCCAUCUAGAAUUCAGUCCCAGUCCAAUGAAUCUCAAACUUCCCAGAGACUGAUCCCUAAAGAGUCCCCUGGUGCUUGUAACCUUGUCAAGUACUCAAUGGAGGACAUAGUCAAAGAACUAGAGAAAGAAGGCCAGAAGAUUGAAAAGGAAUUUCUGAGAAUUGCAACAGAGAGUGCCUGUGACUUUAUGGACCUGGAAUCAGAGUGUCAAGUCAAUAACCCACAUAGUCUUAUGUACUUAGCUGGAAUGGCAUGCAGCAAAAGGUACCAGUUACUGUACAAUUCAGACAUUUUGGAUGACAGCAGUGUUGGGCCUAAAGGUGAAAAUUCUUAUGAAUAUACACAAGAAGACAGUGAGUAUGAUUUAGUUUGUGGAAGGAGGCAGCUAGACUUUAUGAAAGAUGAUUUCUCUGAGCCGAGUCGCAGUGAAGACACUGUAGAUGAGGAGAUAGAUCAGGACAUCUGUCCAGAUUCCCCCGGCCUGAUCGCGAGUAUGACUCGAGAUGUUCAGAGUUUAAACCUAGCACAGUCCCCAAAUUCCAGUGAUGCAGACAUUGCCAAGCGGAUAGACUCGUUUCUUCGAGAUGCUCUGAAACCCAUAGAUGACAUGACAUUUAGGAACGAUACCUCCGAUGAUGACAUGGGUGAAGAUGAACGAGAAACUCCUUAUAAUGAAGCUAGGAUAAGUUCUACUUCUCGUGGUGAAGACAGAAUACCUAGUUACACACCUUGCAACUCACCUGCUGUUGAUGAGGGUCCAAAGUUUUCCAUGGAAUAUGAAGAAGAGGAGGAGUGUAGUGCCCUAAAUAAGAGUUUUACCACAGAGGAUUCAGAGAUGGACGAGUCAGUGAAAGAGGCUUUAGAGGAAGUGGAGGGUGUCACCCCAGUCCUCCUGGACCACCAGUUACAAGAGACAGAGUCCUCUGACAACGAUGACAGAAUCAAUGAUAAUGUCGAGGACAAUGACAAUGAUGAUGAAGAUAAUACUAACAAUAAUUUCUACAGUAACGACACAAAUAACAACUCGGAGAUGGGCUCUUAUGGCAGGAUAAGUGACCGCUAUCCCAGAUUUAACUUGAUGUCCCCACUGAUCGAGAGAAAUGAGGGAGAUUCCAUGCUGUCGUCAACCUUUGCAAGAGAGGAAGCCCAAGCAGAGGCACCAUCUGGUGGAUAUGAAUUGCGAGCAUCGAAGUCCGACACUCGUAGCGUAGACACCACUGGCAGUGACAAGUUCUAUACGGACGUAGAUACCAGUAUGGAUACGAGCGGUAAAUUCUACACUGACCUUGACACAGAUCUGGAUGAUACGAUGGAGGACAGGUCAUUCGGAGCGUUACGAAGGAUUGUCAGGAGUUCUAGAAGUCCAGCUAGUAGUGAUGAUCACGGAGUGGUGGAAUGGAGUAUGGAUGAUUCCGUGGAAGUUUGACGUUGUUUGUUUUUAGAGCAUUUUAUUAUUAACUGAUUCAUUAAGUAAACCCAUUGAAAGUGAAUGACUAUCUGGAAAUUUUUUUAGACAGAUCUGUUUCACAUUUUUGUGGGGAUUUCUAUAAAUGGAUUUUAUUGUGUGUUUAUUGCAUUAAUUAAUCUAUUCCUUAUAAAUAUUUUUAUUAAGAGUAAACAGAAAAAAAAUCUUUUGAAUUUUUAAAUAUAUUUUUCAACGUUAUCGCAAAUUAUGAAUGAAUUUAAUUUUAGUUAAUGUAAGAUUAUCAUUUU